UCGGACUCAAGCUGCAGCUCCUGAUCCUCUCUGUCUGAAUAAAGAUAGAGCUUUACCCAGACUGCACAUUCCUUCCUCUGUCCCAGAUAUAGCACAGUAGCGCCUCGACACACGAACAAACCCGUUCAUGUACAAAUCGGUUUACGAACAGGAGCGUACGUAAAAUUUUGCUUCAACGUACGUACGAAAUUCAAGGUACGAACACAAAAGCUCUCGGGCCCCGCGUGAUCUCAUUCAGUUAGUCUUUGGCGUGUGCGCUCUGAACAGCCAUCCAACCAUUCUUACGCUAUCCGAACAAUGGGAAAAGUUAAUUCAGUUCGCGAACUCUUCGGAUUAAGUUCAUAAGUCGAGGCACUACUGUAUUUGAAAAUCUGAAGGCGGAAGUUUCAACAUCAACAGAUGAAGGGCUUAAGCCCGAAACGUUGACUCUCCUACUUCUCGGAUGCAGCCUCACCUGCUGUGCUUUUCCAGCGCCACACUUUUCAAUACUGACUCUCCAGUGUCUGCAGUCCUCACUUUGACGUCAAUGUCUGACAGUCACUCAAUCCAUCGGGACCGCAACGGUUUUCAUCUAUGAUUCUGUGAGAAGGAGCAAAGCUUUUUGGUUCCUGUCUAAGUACGUUUUCAGCAUCAGCGGGACUGGAUGAGAGACCCUACCAUUGCAGUGCACUGAGUGUGGAGCCUAAAAUAACUAUACAGCCUGGAAAGAGGAAUUCACAGCAGGGAGUGGCUCAACACUUCGGCCAUGGAGAAAUGCGAGGAAUCCCACCUCUUAGAGAAACCAUGGAAGUGUGGUGACUGCGGGAAAGGCUUCCGUUUUCCAUCUUCCCUGGAGAUUCAUCGGCGUAGUCACACCGGGCAGAGGCCAUUCACCUGCCCUGUCUGUGGGGAGGCCUUCAGAUAUUCCUCCACCCUGCUGACCCACCAGCGGAUCCACACGCGGGAGACGCCCUACAGCUGCCCCGAGUGCGGGAAGGCCUUUACCCAGGUCUCUGGACUGCAAAACCACCAGUGGGUCCACACAGGGGAGAGGUCCUUCAGCUGUCCCGAGUGCAGGAAGGGCUUCAGCAAUUCCUCCUCUCUGCUGAGGCACCAGCGGGCCCACACUGGGGAGAGGCCCUUCAGCUGUCCCGAGUGCGGGAAGGCCUUCAGCAAUUCCUCUGACAGGCUGACCCACCAGCGGGUCCACACUGGCGAGAGGCCAUUCCCCUGCCCCAAGUGUGGGAAGGCCUUCAUCAGCUCCUCCCACCUCCGGAGGCACCAGCGAGUUCACAUUCCAUCGCAGGGGGGAUUCCUGUUUGAGGAUGUUUUCAACAUCAGGUGGGACUGGACAAGAGACCCCACUGUUGCAGCGCACUGUGUGUGGAGCCUGAAACAGUUAUACGGCCUGGGAAGGGGAUUUCACGGCAGGGAGGAGUUCUACACGUGUUUGUGUGCAGCUGAAGCUGUGGCCAUGGAGAAACCCGAGGAAUCCCGCCCCGUGGAGAAACCGUGGAAGUGUGGUGACUGUGGGAAAGGCUUCCGCGUCCCAUCUGCCCUGGAGACUCAUCGGCGCAGUCACACCGGGGAGAGGCCAUUCCCCUGCACCGACCGCGGGAAGGCCUUCAGACAUUCCUCCCACCUGCUGGCCCACCAGCGGGCCCACACGGGGGAAAGGCCCUUCAGCUGCCCAGAGUGUGGGAAGGCCUUCAGCACUUCCUCCACCCUGCUGAGCCAUCAGCAUGUCCACACGGGAGAGAGGCCGUUCAGCUGCCCUGAGUGUGGGAAGGCCUUCAGGUAUUCCUCCACCUUGCGGACCCACCGGCGUUUCCACGCGGGGGAAAGGCCCUUCAGCUGCCCUGAGUGUGGGAAGGCCUUCAGGUAUUCCUCCAUCUUGUGGACCCACCGGCGUUUCCACACGGGGGAGAGGCCCUUCAGCUGCCCCGAGUGUGGGAAGGCCUUUACCCGCGUCUCUGCCUUGCGCAGCCACCGGCGUAUCCACACCGGGGAGAGGUCCUUUAGCUGCCCCGAAUGCAGGAAGGCCUUUACCGACAUCUCCUCCCUGUUGAAGCAUCAGCGGAUCCACACGGGGGAGAUGCCCUUUACCUGCUCUCAGUGCGGGAAGGCCUUCAGCACAUCCUCCCACCUGCUGACCCACCUGCAUGUCCACACAGGGGAGAGACCGUACACCUGCCCUCACUGCGGGAAGGGCUUCAGGUAUUCCUCCGGCCUGCUGACCCACCAGCGGGUCCACACAGGGGAGAGACCGUACACCUGCUCUCAGUGCGGGAAGGGCUUCACCUACUCCUCCCACCUGCGGAGACACCAGCGGAUCCACACAGGGGAGAAGCCCAUCAGCUGCCCAGAGUGCGGGAAGGCCUUGACCGACAUCUCCUCCCUGAUGAAGCAUCUGCGGAUCCAUACCGGGGAGAGACCGUACACCUGCCCUCAGUGUGGGAAGGGCUUCAGCACAUCUUCCUCCCUGCUGAGGCACCAGCGGAUCCACACCGGUGAGAGACCGUACACCUGCCCUCACUGCGGGAAGGGCUUCACCUGCUCCUCCAACCUGCGGAGACACCAGCGAGUUCACGUGCCAUUGCAGGGAUCUGAAGAUGGAAGUUUCAAAAUCAACAGAUGAAGGCCUUAUGCCCAAAACGUCGACUCUCCUGCUCCUCAGAUACUGCCUGACCUGCUGUGCUUUUCUAGCACCGCACUUACUGACUCUGACUCUCCAACGUCUGCAGUCCUUACUUUGACGUCCAUGUCUGACAGUCAUUCAAUCCAUCGGGACAGCAACAGUUUUCAACUAUGAUUCUGUGAGAAGGAGCAAAGCUUUUUGGUUCCUGUUUGGGUACGUUUUCAGCAGCAGUGGGACUGGAUGAGAGACCCUACCGUUGCAGUGCACUGAGUGAGGAGCGUGUAACAGCUAUACGGUUUGGAAAGAGGAAUUCACGGUGGAGAGAAGCUCCACAUGCGUUUGUGUGGGGCUGAAGCUUCGGCCAUGGAGAAACCAUGGAAGUGUGGCGACUGUGGGAAAGGCUUGUUUCCCGUCUGCUCUGGAGACUCAUUGGCGCAGUCACACUGGGGAGAGGCCGUUCCCCUGCCCUGACUGCGGGAAGGACUUCAGCGAUUCCUCCAACCUCCAGACCCACCAGUGGAUCUACAUGGGGAAGACGCCCUUAAGCUGCCCCGAGUGCAGGAAGGCCUUUACCCAGGCCGCCUCCUUGCUGACCUCCCAGCGGGAUCACUUGGC